AUGUCUAGUAGUAUUGAUAAACUUAAACGUAAGAAAAAAGAAAAACAAGCUGCAAAUAAUUCAAAUGUUCCAUCAACGGAUGUUGGAGUUAUUAGAAUCGGUCAUUAUAUUCUUAAUGAAACACUUGGAACUGGAAGUUUUGGCAAAGUUAAAAAAGCAUAUCAUCAAUUAACAAGACAUACAGUAGCUAUUAAAAUAGUUAAUCGUACAAAAAUAAAACAAUUAGAUGUUGUCGGUAAAAUUCGAAGAGAAAUUCAAAAUUUAAGACUUUUUCGACAUCCACAUAUAAUUAAAUUAUAUCAAGUAAUAAGUACACCAACAGAUAUAUUUAUGGUUAUGGAAUAUGUAUCUGGUGGUGAAUUAUUUGAUUAUAUUGUUAAAAAAGGAAAAUUAAGUGAAGCUGAAGCUCGACCUUUUUUUCAACAGAUAAUAUCAGGUGUUGAUUAUUGUCAUCGACAUAUGGUUGUUCAUCGUGAUCUCAAACCAGAAAAUCUUCUUCUUGACGAUGCAUCUCAUGUUAAAAUUGCAGAUUUUGGUCUAUCAAAUAUGAUGAAAGAUGGUGAAUUAUUAAAAACAUCAUGUGGUUCACCGAAUUAUGCUGCACCUGAAGUUGUCUCUGGAGAACUUUAUGCGGGACAAGAAGUUGAUAUAUGGAGUUGUGGAAUUAUUCUUUAUGCUUUACUUACAGGAACUUUACCAUUUGAUGAUGAUAAUGUUCAAGUAUUAUUCAAAAAAAUUCGAUCUGGUGUAUUUCCCAUACCUGAUUAUUUAAAUCCAUCAGUUGUUGAUCUUCUUCAAAAAAUGCUCAGAGUUGAUCCAGUUCGUCGUGCAACAAUUAAAGAUAUUCGAGAACAUGAAUGGUUUAAAGUAAAUUUACCUGAUUAUCUUUUUCCAAAAACAUGUGAAGAUGGUACAAAUAUAAUUGAUCUUGAUGCUAUACAAGAAGUUUGUGAGAAAUUUGGUGUAACUGAAACUGAAGUUCAAGAUGCUUUAUUGCUCAAUGAUGCUCAUGAUCAACUUGUUAUUGCUUAUCAUUUAAUUAUUGAUAAUAAACGAAUAUGGAAUGAAGCUCGAAAAGUUGAAAUAGCAGAUUUUUUUGCAGCAUCAAGUCCACCACAUUCAUCAUUUAUAUCAUCAAUGACAACAAAUUCAACAUCAGUUCGUUCUCCAUCACCAUUUAAAUCAGCACCAGUUCGUCCUCAUCCAGAAAAAAUGCCAGCUUUAAAAGAUUUAAGUGUAACAUUAGAUCCAAUCGAUACAAAUAAUUCAUCAUCAAUUAAUUCAAAUAGUUCUCAACAAAGUUCUUCUAAUAGUAGAAAACUAUCAAGUUCAACAACAACAACAACAGGAACAGCUGCUGCAUCAUUAAAAAAAGCUAAAUGGCAUUUAGGAAUACGAUCUCAAUCAAAACCACAAGAUAUUAUGAAUGAAGUUUUUAAAGCGAUGAAAGAAUUAGGAAUGGAAUGGAAAUAUUGUAAUAAUAGUAUGUAUAGUGUUCGAACACGUCGAAAAGUUACCAAUACAAAUCGAUAUGUUAAAUUGGGUCUUCAAUUAUAUCAAGUUGAUCAUCGUUCUUAUUUACUUGAUUUUCGUAAUUUAAAUACAAAUGCUGAUCCUCAUCAAAAUCCAUCAUUUAGACUUCCUGAUGAUGAUGAUAUGGAAAAUAUUCAACCAAAUCGUUCAUCAAGUUGGGACUUUACAGAUAAUGAAAAUGAUGUUACAUCUGAUGAUGGUGUAUCAGAAGUCAUGGAAUUUUUUGAAACGGCUGCUAGUCUUAUUCGUACAUUGGCGCCUGAUUCGGCUCCAAAACCAACUCAUUCAAACCUUGCGACAUCUUCCUAA